CUGUAGGUCGUGGUCGUUUUUUUGGCUCGUCAGUAGCCACUGAAGUCUGCUGGUUUACCUAGUGGGCCCACACCUAACCUAACCUUCUUGCUGUGGAUCUAUUGCCGUAAGUAGCCACUUUGGCUCAAGUAGACCGAACUGAGUGUAAUAAAAAAGUGUACGUAGCGGGUACAGCUGCAUCAAAUUUUUCAAGAACUACGAAGUGAAAAAGUGGUGGAGAUGCAACCUCUAAUUAAAAGAUCUUACACCCCACGAGUGGGUACAUCUAUCUAUCUAUCUAUCUAUCUACGUUGUAAGUAAUAAAGAUAAAAAGAGGACCCACUCCCACUACUAUUUCAUCUAUCUCCUUCUAGUUGCUAAUAUCAUCAAAUCAACAACAAAAGGAAGCUCCACCUACAAGAUGGCGUACAAUCCGCAAUAUGAUGGAGGUAACCAGCAAUAUAGCACCUCUAUGCCGAUGCAGCAAGGGGGUUAUUCCCAACAGGGCGGCUAUCCCAACAUGCCGAUGGCGCCGCAAGAUCAGAACACUAUGAUGCAGCAGCAGCCGCAGCCGUAUAUGGGAGGAGUACCGCAGCAGCAGCCGCGGCCGUAUAUGGGAGGAGUACCGCAGCAGCAGCAACAGCAGGUCUACAUGCAGCAACCGCAGCAGAUGCUGAUGCUCGCAGUGGAUGAGGGGGAAGUGAGAGCCUCCGUUUUUGGAACUGGACUGUCUCUCUGGAGGGUCUCUUCUAUUUCUAUUGGAACUUCUUGGGACGUUCCUUUCGCGACGACGGUGCUGAACAUGAUUGUUAUGGCUGGCUUCUUGGUGAUGAUGCUGGUCUUCCGCUGCUCUCGCUGCAUUAGCGACCUGCACUGGGGUCAAUUCCGCAGGUCGUGCGGUACCCUGAUCAUGAUCUCUGUUCUCGGCUCGCUAGCCGGUAUCGCGCUUCUGGCUUUAAUCGUCGCCCUCGGCGUUUACGCCUACAGGUGCGCCAUCUUGCCGACUGGCGCCCUAUAUUAUUUCCCGAUCAUCUACUACUCGUUCUCUGUAAUCUCCGUACUAACCGGUUUCAUCCAAAUUCUGGUCGGUUACUGCGGACUCGCUCCGAAACAGGACGAGGAAACGACCUUGCUGAUUUAAAAAUACGAAACGACAACAGCAACAACCUAAUUGGAGAGGAAGCUUCAACUUCUACGUGUUAAAGAUGAGGAUAAAGGAAGCUUCGAGGCCUGCUUCUAGACGGAGGAAGAGGCAGCCAAAGUAGAAUAGUACCAAAGUCCUCUGUCCUCUACGAUGAGGAGAAGGGAGACACGCUUCGUUAUGGUUUAUUUGAUAAAAAAGUGGAAGCGUAGAGGAGACAUGUUCUACAACCCAUCUUCAAAUGUAUCUUUGGAAUCAUCUUCGUAGUUCAGCUUCAAAUACUUGCAAUUACAACUAGGUGCUGUGCUGGGUAUGUAAUGUGCUACUCUUUAUGACUACUAGAUGAUGAAGUACUUCGUCGUACUUGUUCUACAGCUAGAAAUAGACCGAUUAUGUUGCGGGUCGGGUAUAGGUUCUUCUGGAUGUUUCGAUAUUGUAUUAUCUUGUCCUCUACCAUCGGCUCCUGUGCCUCACGCCUCUGACGGCUUCUAAUUCUUUUUAUAUACCACCUUGGGCAAAAAGAAGAAAGACGAAGGAAAUGGAAUAGCUGCUAAUUAAACUGCUCUUCAAUGCCCCAUGAAUGGGUACGCUACUACUACUACUACCUGACGUUUAAAAUAACUUGACUACCGUCGACAAGCUUAUCUUACUGACUAAUGUAUGUCUUCACGAGACGAGAUUGUUGGAUGUGUUCUCCGGCUUUCACUGCUUUACUGGCAUCGGGCAUGUGCCGUAGAGGCUUUUUUUGACGGUCUGCCAAACCGUG